AUGCCCGGGGAGCUCCAGCCUUACAGGCAGCUGCUCAGGCUGGCGAGGCGCCUGGACAGGGAGCCGCAGCUGCUGGCCGCCCUGUUGGGGAGGCCUGCGCGGCGGUUCCACCCUGGCCUGGGCAAGCUGGUCAGGGUGCCUCCCGGCAAGUGGCCCUUCGUCGACGACGCGGUCUGGGCAGCGUCAGGCCGCUCGACGGAGUACUCGCACCCCUGCGGGCGCGCGGCGGCGGCCGUCCGCGAGCACCGCCGCCGCCUGCGUGCCCUCGGCGUGGGCUACGCCCCCGAGGCCGCCGAGCUGUCGCGCCGCCUGGAGUCCGCCGCCGACGCGGUGGCCCUCGUGCUGGCGCAAAGCACCGGCGCGGCCACGCACGACUCGCGCGAGGGCCCGGGGCCACUGCGGCGGCUGCCCGCGGAUAACCAGGAGCGGGUCGCGGUGGGCGACCUGUUGCUGACCCACCCGCUCUCCUGCCUGUUCCAGCCAGAGCUGGACCAGGCAGUGCUCCUCGUGGACGAGGUGGACACCGAAGCGGGGCUCGUCCGCGGGCUCGUCCUCAACCGGCCAGACGGCGCCACCGUGGCGGAGGCGCUGGCGUCGUGGCCCCCCGGGGAGCGGGAGCGCGCAGGGGCCGCGGGCCUGGCGCCCCUGCUCGCGGCGCCGCUGCACCUGGGGGGCGACCUCGUGCCGGAGAGCGCAGGCUUCCUCGAGCGCCUGCGCUGGCUGCACACGCUGGGCGACAGGGUGCCGGGCGCCGUGAGGGUGGCGCCGUCGCUCUGGCGGGGAGGCGAUCUCGAGGUGGCCGGCCGCCUGGUCCGGGAUGGUGAGGCCCAGUUGGGCGACCUGCGCCCCUUUGUGGGCUUCUCGGGCUGGGCCGCCCUGCAGCUGGAGCUGGAGCUGCAGCGCGGCGUGUGGGUGCGGGCGAGGGCGCCCGACCGGCCCCAGCCGUGGCGCCGCCUCCUCGGGGCCCGGAGGCUGCUGGCCUUGCCGAGGGCCCCGGGCCCUGACCCAGGUCCUGACACGAGCAUGGAGGAGUGCGAGUCUGGGCUGACGCAGGCGACAGGGCAGAGCCCGCCACUUUCGGCCGCAUCCACGCUGGCGACCUUCGACGACCUUAUGGCGGUAUUGCGGGGACUCGCCUACGACCCGACCUCGUCUGACUGCUGGCAGGUCUUAGGGCUCAGCCCGCUGGAAGGGCCUGAGCCGACGCUUGGCAUGCUCGAGUCGCGAGCCCGCAUGGCCCGGCUGCUUUCGUCAGCUGCUGAGGGCCCGCGCUGGUCACAGAGCGACAAGCAGUUGGUCCCCCCCGUCCUGGAGAAGCUCGAGCUGGCCGUCCAGGACUGCGCCAACUCCCUCGCCGGCUGGCGCAGGGAACGACGGAAGCUGAAACCCAGCAGGCUCCCUCUGUGGAAGGAGCUUGGGCCACAAGCCCUCUGCGCGGUGCUCGACACAGCCCUGUCCCCACAGGAACGUGUCGCGACGCAAUGGUCCGGGCUGCUCGGCUCAGGUGGACUUCGUUUCGCACCCCAUGGAUCUUGGCAAGAAUUCAAGGGCCUCGCGAUUUUCGCAAUAUCCACGUAUCUCCCAAAGGGCCCUCCCAAGAUGCUGAUGGUGGAGGAGCCGCUCUUCUCUCUCGGGGCCAAGCCCACGUACGUGGUGGACAUCCCUGCCAUGGCACUCCCGCUUGUCUACAGCUUCAUGUCAGAUCCUGGCAUGCGGUGUGCGACGAUGGGCCGAAUCACCCGCAGCCCAGGCCACACUGCCGAGGUUCCACGCAUUACCGUGGAUAUUCGCUUCGACCGGACAAUCCCAGCUCUGGAACAGGAGCUCCGCAUGCGUCGCCUCCGCAGCGCGGCGCUUCCCCCCGACUCGUUCUACGGCUCACAUGCGAUGUUCUCGGACCCGGCGGCCCUCCUCGCCGAGCUCGCGCGCCCCAGCGCUGCUUGCAAGGCGUGGCCGUUGGGCAGCGGUCUCAUCCUCCUCACCUCUGGGAAGGCACUGGUCCAAUCAGAGACAGAAGCGGACGUCUGGCACUCCUUGAUGGACGGAACGUUGCAGGAGGACCCUGAGGCCGUGACAGAUGUCGAUAUCCGGGGCUACGCCAGCAUCGACGAGGCCGAGGUCUUCCAGCAGCUGAUGGCCCACCUCUCCAGCGCGGACGCGGCCGACGUCCAAAAGGUCCGGGAGGCGUUGCACGGCAAGGCGAUUCGGGUUGGCACGGGCCUCGUGGGGCUAAUUCACAACUUGCCGCUGCCGCCGCCGCCCGCGAUGUCCUACGCGAUCUUGCACCUCGUCUUCCGCCACUUCUUCUCCAACCUACUGCUCAGGAGCACGUACUUUCUCAGCAGGCCCGGACUGAUGUUCCAAUAUCAGUAUUGCGGUCUGCUCGACUCCGUCGCGCCCCCCCAGGUCACGCACAACGCCGGCCUCUACUGCGAACCUGCCGUCGGAGGGCCCCGUGAGGACCGUAACCCCUACCUCGCCCACCUCGACCACCUCGUUGCGGGCCCCGUAUACGGGGGGAGGUUCUACGCGUCAUCAGCGGCGACUUCGGAGGAGUGGAAGCGAGUGUGGGUCCCGUCAGACCCCAACUACGAUGAGCAGAGGUGCGCGGCCAGGUGGGAGCAGUACGCCUCGGAGGCGCGCGAGCCCUUGCCGAAGACCGCCGACGCCUACGACGAGGAGUGGUACCCCUCUGACGCCGACUUCCGGGUCGCCGCGCGCAAAACCAAAGGCAGCGCGGGCUAUGACGUUUGGCGCUCUAGCGACUUCAAGCUGAUCUCCGAGCACUUCGAGUUCUGGCUUUUCGAACUCUACACGCUAUGGCGGGACACCUGCGAGACCCUCCUGGUCGAGAGGCCCACCACCGAGUUCCAGCACCUCCUCUUCGCCUGGCGGGUUGUUGGGGUGCCAAAGAAAGACCCGACGCAGUCCCGGCCUAUAGGGGUGGGCUCCGUGCUCCCCAGGGCCUGGCUCACAGCUUGCGAGCCCAGCCUGCCCACGCCACAGGGCGCUCAGUUCGCCUGCAAAGCGGGCUCCACGGUGGUCCACGCCUGCUGCUUGCGGCUGCACGCCUGCCAGCACGGCUCGUGCGGACUGGAGCGCGACCUGUCCAAGUGCUACGACAACGCGCCGCAUGCGGUGGCAGACGCGGCGCUCCGCAACGCCCAGACUCCACGCCGAGUGCGGGCGGUGACUAACGCUGCCUUGCGGGGCCCUCGGAGGUGCCAGGUGGCGGGAGAGUUGGCCGGUGAGACACUCUGGCCUACGCGCAGCCUCGCUCAAGGGGACAGCACGGCGCCGAAGGUCCUGUGCCACGUACUUUCCCCUUGGGAGAUCAACGGCACCAAGUUCUUUUUCAUGGACGACAGGUCUGCCGUCUUCGACUCCGCCCCGCAGAUGGAGUUGGGCGCGCAGGCCACCAACGCCUUCGACUCAGGCACGGGCGCGAUCGAGAACGUCGGGAAGCGCCAGGUCUGGAAGCGAGGGGACAGGACGCAGAUCGAGCACAUCGGCAUCCUCGCUGUCCCUGAUGCUCCGGAUGAGCCGAUUACGCCUGCCGGGAGCUGGACCAAGCUCCGCAAGUGCUUGCACGCCAUCCGAGGCCUCCCGGGAGGCAGCGAAGCCAGGGCCGCGGCGGUCUGGGCCUACGCUAAACCGUUGUGGACUUGGUGUUCCCCGGUUUUCUCUCUGCCGCCGCCCGACGUCAUCCCAGCAGCGAUGUCAGCGGUGCUUUCGACGAGGUGCACUUGGUGGUGCCGAGGCCGUUUCUGGGCCUCGAAUAUCGACCUGCACCCCAUCUUCAGCGCGGUGCUCGCGGCCAUUGAUCGCAUCACCACCUGGGACCUCCGCUGGAGUACAUUGCUCGAUGUGAAUGUUACGACGUUUUUCGAUGCCAUGGGCUUCGAGUUCCUGCAGUACGACCCAGAGCGCGGAGUGCAGUUCCGACGCCCGGUGGACGAGCCUGAUGUCCGAGUCCGCCGCUUGUGCGGGCGCAGACACAUCUUCUGGAGCGACGAAGAGAUGGUGCGCACCUCCUUCGCCAAGUAUGCCCGUGCGCGCCACUACGUGGCCGAGUGCGCCGCCCUGGCGGGUCUCCGGCAGGAGCUGAACGACGCGUGCCACAUCCCACUUGGCUGGUGGGCACGCCAGCCGCGGGCGACGCUGAAGACGGGAUGGAUCACUUUCCCGGCUCACGCGUCCGCCGCCCGCAGAGCGGAGCUCCAGGUGGCCGUCUGCCGCAUGGGGCUCGUUGCCAUGGCGCAGAUGGCAGAAGAUUGCGUGGCGUUGAAGAGAGUUCCCACUUUCGUUCAGUUGUUCCUGAUGUACAACUCGCCCGCGGAGAUGUCGCGGCCUGGUGGCCUGACCGUCUUGGAGCGGGACUACGGCUCGUUCAACGAGUCGCUGGUCUUCUUCAUCCCCAAGAAGGGCGGGCUGGUUGACCUCGACGCGUGCGCGCUCGCAGCCAAGCACCGGGUCGCCACCUUCGAGAACAGGCUCCAUGGCGAUCUCGCGAUCCGCACCCGCGCAAGGGAGCUUAGUGCAGUUGCAGCUCGAUCGAACCAGUUGGAGCGACAGCACGUCAUGGACCUCCUCACUCUGCGGCGCCAGUGGCAGAAGACAUGUCGGGCUAUAAUUGAGCCGUCGACCCGCGCCGCCCUCGAGCUCUUCAUGCGGCGGCGGCUGGCGCGGUGCGAUAUGGGAUUGUUCGAACGGGAUUUUCUGAUCUUGGUGCCACGCUACUCCACGGGAGUUCGCGAUCUACUGGUGAGGAAGAGCAUCCGCGUCGCGGCCGUGCUGGCCCGCUAG